GAGAGAGGAGGGGGAGGAGAGAGAGAGAGAGACGGCGCACCGUUCCAUUGCGUAACGACGUUUUCUAGUCCGCUGCUUCUCGCGAAAUCGCGUCCACGCGAGAUACUUGGCUCGCGGAGGUGUAUCGGGACUCGUCCGUCGUCGCGGUGGACCGUCGAAAACGCGUGUUGUCUCGCCGAGACAGCGGUGACGGCGGGAGCAAAAGCGAUGGAAAGUAAUCGGUCCGGCGCGUUUCACUCCGUCCAGCGCGUAACGCGAGCGCUCAAGGUCGCCGUCGUCGUGUCCCACCGGUGAAUCCGUUUCCGGAGUUCGUCAGAGAGCGAUCAUCCCCGCAUCAUCGCCGUCGAGCAUCGGCAUCCACCAUCGGCAGCAACCGCCGUGGUAUUGGCGUGCGAAUUUCAACCUGUCUCUCUCUCUCUUUCGGUUCGCGGGUCGGCAGCGCGCGCGCUCGCUUUUACCUCGCCGCCUCGUUCGGGCACAAGAAGUUUCGCAAAAAGGAUUACAACACGCAGAAGAGAAAGGAGACAGACAGACGGAAAGGGAGACGCGGAAGGGAAAAGGACAGCGGAGAAAGAGAGAGACAGACACCGCGACGGAGAGGGAGAGAAAGAGGCGGAGGAGGAGGAGGAGGUGGAGGAGAGCAGCGACACACCGCGACACGACACCCGGUGUCGCGCGGGAAAAACCGCAGCGGGAGGACGCGGAUUUUUCGCGCCAAGGACGGGAGUCCUUAGCCGAGCACCGACGACGAGGAGGGCAUCGCGGCGCGGACCCGCCGUCGCGGAACGGGAAGAAAGAGGCGGGAGCGCAGACCGCGGUGGCGAAGGACGAGUCUGAAAGACGAUCCGGAUGUGGCGAGAUCCGCUCGCUUUCCGCUCUCAUCCGCUCCACCGUCCGUCCCGUUCACCGCUGCCGCUGAACGGCGCGGAGAAAUUCGUCGUCGUCGUCGUCGUCGCGCGAGAAAUUCGCCCGAUCCGCGCGGCGUAGAACCGCCGCGGAGCGGCAGCGCGCCGGGAACACGCGGCCGAGCGGAAUUAAAAGUGCGUUUAAAAAGGUUAGCGGCGAUAAAAAAAAGCGCGCGCGCGAAAGGAUAAGAGAAAGGAAUAGGAGCCACCUCCGAGUCCUUGAGAGCGGCCCAACGGGUAAAAGUGCCGCGCGCAGAGCCAGCCGGUUGACCCUGGGCAGUCAGCGCGGUAGAGAUCCCGCUGGAAAAAAGUUCUCCGCGUCGCGUCGACGCCGUCGCCGUCGUCGCUCUCUCCCGUCGUUGCUUCCAUUCCGGCUGACGGCGCGAAUCGAGAACACGAGCGUUUCGCGAGGCGCACGUGCUGCGACAUCGGCGCGAAGCGCGCGAUUCGAGGAACAGCGACGACGAGGGAGGAGGAUCCGGCGAGAAGAGAAACAGCUGAUUCGCGCGAGGAGAGUCCUUUCUCCGGCCGGAUCGCCGGAUUUUCGGCUCCGACUUUGCGAUUAACAGAGAAAAGCGCGUCGGUGUGAAGUGAUACGAAGUGUGCCGGCGCCAAUUCAUAUCUCGACAGUUCCGAGUUCGAAUUACGCGAGCGGCGGUCUCGCGCCCGUGCGCGCCUGCUCCCGUUCGACGCUAUUGCUACUGAUCUGUUUUUCUCUCGUGCACUCAGUGGGUGAUCCAUGCCGCGGAAUAUCAAUGUACGUCACGUGCCCGCAGCGUCGUCUACGCCGCCGCCGCCACGGGAUCUCGGCUCGUCAUCGCCGGCUUCCAAAGAGGAUGUGUCCACGUGACUUCGCGAGAUAGUUACGAGAGGGAACAACGCCGCCGUUGCUCACCCUGGAUACCGUCGCCGGUCACACCUUGGAUAACGAGCGCAGCAGUAGAAAAAGCGAGAAAAGACGAUGUAUACUGACGGUCUCCUGACGCUUCACUAUGGGAAGCAUCCAGCGACCUUGGCCGCGGAGGUCGGGGCCUGGUACAGCGGGGACCGUCACGUGGACGUGACCCUGGCAUGCGAUGAUGGGUCCGUCGUGAAGGCCCACCGCGUCGUAUUAGCAGCGGCCAGUCCUCUUUUAGCUAGUCUACUUCGGAAUCCCGCACUGGACCACGUAGUUCAUUUGUCUGGCGUCCGAAAGACUCAACUGAAUCAUUUGUUGGAGUUUCUGUACAACGGACAGGCGCUCAUACCGUCGUCAGAGCUCACGCCGUUGAGGGAGCUCUUCGAGCUUCUUCAAAUUAAGUCGGGGCUGUUUGAGCCCAAUCAACCUCAAACUUCUAGUAAUUCUGACUCCGAGAGAGUGUCGACUCCGCAGCCCUCCGAAGGCCAGGAAAGCUGCAGUUAUGAGUCUCAAUACGACAGCAGGCAAUCCAAUAAUCCCGCGGACUGCUGCUCAGUUCUCAUUAAAACUGAGGAGGGCUGCGAAGAGGAGCAGGAGGCGGAGGAGCAGGAGCCAGAGCCGGAAGUAGAUGUGGAUGUCGAAGGCAUGGAGGGCGAAAGUCAAGUUACGGACAGGGAAGGCAGCAUAGAACCGCCUAGAAGAAGGGAUAGCUCCGACCCGGUUAAUCUGAGUCUCAAUUCCGGCGCGUCCGUCACGAGCGACAGCUCAUACGACGUAAUACAAAGGUCUGAAAAGCAGAUAUUCGAAAGGCGAGAAUCUCUCGAGGAGGCCGAAGAGAGGAAGAGGCAGUUGGCGGCACGGCUGGCGCUGGGUUUGGAACCCGGGAAAAGGAAACCGGAGGAAAUGCCCAUCCCACCUGCGGAGGCGUACGUCGUGACGCCUCAUCGAAAGCGAAGACCGGGCUUCCACAACGCCCCCGCGCAAAAUCCGGCCUUCGUACCCUUCAAUCCUGGAUUCGAGACGCCCAGGCGGUUGCAGGCGCCGCAUCCCCUCAGCGUAUCGGCACCACCGUAUCUGCAGGACAGGUCGGUGACACCGCCGUCGCAUCGCCCGCAGAGCGCCGAUCCAGCGUCGGCGGCGGCUUUGGAGCCGCACUGGAACCGCUGGGGUCUGAUGCAACCCGCGAGAGCCUCGCAGCCGUUGCCGCCUACGGACGACUCGCCCAGGUCCACUCCGGUGCGGGAGUAUCGGUGUAGCUACUGCGGCAAGCAAUUCGGCAUGUCGUGGAACCUGAAGACACACUUGAGAGUGCACACCGGCGAAAAGCCGUUCGCGUGCAGACUCUGCGUCGCCAUGUUCAAGCAGAAGGCUCACUUAUUGAAACACCUCUGCUCGGUGCACCGGAGCGUGAUAGCCGGCCCCGAUAAUACGUUCUCGUGUUGUUUCUGUUCGUCGACGAACUUCGUUAAUCUGCAGGACCUCAUCAGGCAUCUCUCGGGACCGCACAACAAUCUGCUGCUCAGCAAGAAUAUACACCGCGAAUUCAACCACGAAUAGCGACACGGUCAAAGGCCGUCCGGUGCUGAAGAGUAUUCCUCGAGCGCGACGACAUGAUGACGAGUCCUUCGAGCAACAUUUCGAUGCCCGUAGGAUUUCAUUAAAACGGCGCGGUCGAGAUACUCAACUUCUAUUCAGACCAUUUUGAAAGAUCCUUCUGCGGAGUGAUAUUUAAAAUUAUCAUGCGAAAGAUUUUCACUUUUGACACGUAUGACAUGUACAAAAAAAAAUAUAUAUCUUUAUUUAUUUUUUAUAUAUUAAAUAUAAAAUAUAUUUUAAUUAUAUAUUUAUUGUGUGCACGCAUUGGCACUAUAUAUACAUGUAUAGAUACACGUUAAAAGGAAAAAUGAGAUUCUAACAUCCAAACAGAAUUCUGUCGAUGCUUCUUCAAAGCAUUUCGUUAUAUUGUCGAAAGGAUUUUUUGCAUGACAAUUUUGAAUAUCUCAUGCAGUUAUGCGUAUAUUUCUCUAUUUGCGAUAGUUUUCUAUUUCUCUAUUUGCGAUAGUUUUCUAUUUCUCUAUUUGCGAUAGUUUUCUAUUUCUCCAUUUGCGAUAGUUUUCGAAAAGCUUUGAAAUUUUAAUAUUUUGGUCUGAAUAUUACGUGUGUUUUCAGCAAAUACAGUUGGAAGCAAAACAAGAGUAAACGUGAUUCUGUGUGAUAUGCAAAAGUUUAUUUAUUCACAUACGAUCCAAACAGAAUGUAUUUCCAAAUAUUGUAAUUUAUUCAUCACGCUCCAUUUACUGUUGUUUAUUGUACCUAAAAGUUGCAAAAGUUUCCGUUUUCAAGAAAUAAUAUACCUGAGGCACGCGAAGCUGCCGUUAUCUUGCGAAGAAAUACAUUCUUUGGUUUCAGAGAUUAAUUUACAUUCUGAAACAAGAUGUCGAUCGAAGACGUCGAUCGGAAAUCUCCGUGAGUUUUCUUCGAAGACGAACGGCACGCAGCACCGGAGAAGCGCCUUUGUAAAAAAUAAGAAAAAGAAAAAGAAUCGAUUUCGUGAGAACCUUCUCGAUACUAAAGUCGCAGUGUUGCGACUUUUCUCUUCAGAAAGUAUCUUAUUGUUACGCAUAAGCAAUAAGUUUGAUAAGACGCCUUUGUUAAUGUAUACGUCGAAUACGAUCGUCGGACACAAUCUGAGAAAAGUACAAGGACGAUAAGUGAACGAACAGUCAAUUAUUGCCACCGAUCCGGACGAGCUUGUGAAUGGUGAAGCGCAGCCCCCUUGUUGCGUCUUGUUUUGUUGUUAUUUUAAUUUUAAUCGCCGCACGUGGCAUCCGGCAAGACGUCCCGUUUACCUCAGCGCGUGCGACUAAUCUCACGAUAUAUGUAAAUAAUGUUAAAUAGGAACGUGCGGACGGACUAGAAUUUAUUUAUUUCACACUAUUGCAAUGGGACCAAUCAACUUUCCACCGAUUUCUGUCUUAGGUAGAUCUUAGGUGUCCUGCCCGCCAAUCGCCUCGUACUAACUGCUCGCAGUUAAAACUGCACGGUUUCGAUCGCGAACACGGAAGUACUCGAUCGAAAUGCUAAAAAAAAAAAAAACGAAAA